AGCAAUCCCUAUCAAGUGUGUGUUUAAUUUUGCUUUUAUUAACCGCACUGUACUAGUUAGUCGGUAUUUGCUCGGAACUUGCAUGAUAAGUUCAUUAGUUUACCUCUCGACUCGACGAUCAUACGUGUAAUAAUUCUUAUUACGAUCACAUACAAACUAACGGUUUUAGUGAAGAGGAUUGUGGGUAGUCGCAAAUAUUUACAGGACAAGCGUGCUGCUUAAUGAGUGUUUGUGGAGUUAAAAAAAUGAAAUUCGGCGUUGUCCUCUUUUUUACCGUAGCUGCAAUCACCAUGAAGGAUAGUUCUGCUCAAAUUAUCAAUUUGGAAUACUGGAUGAAAAGUCUACCAGAGCCGUUGAAGAAUGUACCACUUAUCUACUUGGCUAUCCCAGGUAGUCACGACUCGAUGACAUUUGGCAUCAACAGAUCAAGUGAACUCGCUCCCGAUGCAGAACCAAUCCUCCACCGACUGUUUCCUCUCUUCCGAGGUACGAUCUUACGCUGGACCAUAACACAGGCCACUGAUACCAUGCAGCAACUCCUUAUAGGCAUUAGAUACUUUGACUUGAGGCUUGCAACAAAAAAAGACACGGAUAAGUUCUACUUUACUCAUGGGUUGUAUGCUGACGAAAUAUCGAAAGGAUUGAAUCAAGUCAAAAGUUUUAUUGACUCACAUCCUGGAGAGGUGGUGAUAUUGGACUUCCAGCACUUCUAUGGGUUCCAGCCUGAAGACCACCAGAAGUUAAUGCGAUAUUUACUCAACUUAUAUGGUCCUCGAUUGGUCCCGAGGCAAAUGGAUCUCCAAAGGAUCACCCUCAACUCACUCGAACGCCUUAGGCAACAAGUAGUUGUCGUGUACCGCCACCAAUCGGUAUACGCGACAGAUGAGUUCUGGCAGCCGCAGAUGAUGCCCUCACCCUGGCCGCAGAAGGAUACCGUGGAUGACCUGUUACACUUCCUCACGAACGUCAGACGCCAUCCUGGCAUGGGGUUCGUGCAUCAGGCCGUACUCACGCCGACACCUCGGUUCAUUGUGUUUAGAUGGAGAUCAACUUUACGGGACAAGUGUGCUGCUCCUGUAAAAGACGAAAUCCUUCCCAAACUGGCCAAGGACUUCGAACCAGGGCCUCCUCUCGCUCAAAUCGCCGGCGCACGUACGCCAGUCAACGUCGUUAUAGCGGACUUCGUCGAAAUGGAAGAUGCAAUCUUCCCGAGAACUAUCAUACAAAUGAAUCUAAAACUCCUGAAGAAUACAGAUCAAGUUUAUCAUAACCACGGGUGAGAUAUUA